CAUCCAUACAGCCUCUCCAUUGCCUCAACAUUGCAAUCCGCGGGGCACAGCCGACGUCAUCUUUAAUCAGAAAAAUAUGCGGGUUCUUCGGAGCAGCAAGCCAUGCUCCUUCAGUUCCUCAAACUCCCGUGAAUCAAGUGUCAACAAACAGCGUCUGUUCAAAAUGCCGCUGCCUGACCUGAAAAAUAUGCGGGUUCUUCGGAGCAGCAAGCCAUGCUCCUUCAGUUCCUCAAACUCCCGUGAAUCAAGUGUCAACAAACAGCGUCUGUUCAAAAUGCCGCUGCCUGACCUGAAAAAUAUGCGGAUUCUUCGGAGCAGCAAGCCAUGCUCCUUCAGUUCCUUAAACUCUGGCAAAUCAAGUGUCAACAAACAGCGUCCGUUCAAAAUGCCGCUUCCUGACCUGAAAAAUAUGCGGGUGCUUCGGAGCAGCAAGCCCCUCCUAUUGCCACGCUCCUUCAAUUCCUCAAACUCCCGCAAAUCAAGUGUCAACAGACAGCGUCCGUUCAAAAUGCAGGUGCCUGACCUGAAAAAUAUGCGGGUUCUUCGGAGCAGCAAGCCACACUCCUUCAAUUCCUCAAACUCCCGCAAAUCAAGUGUCAACAAACAGCGUCCGUUCAAAAUGCCGCUUCCUGACAUGUUUCAGACAGAGGCAUUGCACCGUGAUAUCCUCAACAGGAAUAAAACAGCAUUCAACCAGGUUAUUGAGCGGUACAUUUCCCUGGCACACGGACUUCCUCCUCCACUAGAUGAAUGUCCCUACCAGUCUCCACACAACAGCAAAAACAAACCAAGUUCAACUCCCUUAUACCCCCAGAAGAACCUUUCCAGGACAGAUGCAACCAUAAAAACCAGCACUGUCUCCCCAGCGAUCUCAUUGAGGCAAGAUUCAUGUUGUGAUGAGGAUGAUCUUGUUAGAGAAGUGGAGGAAUCACUGCAGAGGAGGAAACAACAGCUUGGGUUAAGUGAUGACUUUAUAUGUGAGGAGAUAGAGGAUAAUGAGGUUGAUGAGGAUGACCCCACUUGGGAUGGCUCUCAUUACCAUGCCAGGGUGAAUUUACCCACCAGAUUGCAUAAAAAGAGAAAACUUUUUGAUAAUCUUAUUACAAACACAGUGGGGUCAUCUGAUGAAAACAAGUCUCGAAAGAAAGCAAAAGCACCUGUGGAUGAAGUAAGCCUUUCCCAAAACAAAACUGCUGAUUUGAGGAAGCUUUCUGUGCAGGACAGGCUUUCAGAUGUGAGCAACUUACCUAGAAGAAGAGGUAGACCUCCCAAAAGAAAGUCAGUGCUGGAGGUGAAUGAUGAGGGUAAUAUAUCAAAGAAAAGAUGUAGAUUGCCCAAACAAAAGUCAGUGCAGAAGGUGAGCGUUGAGGGUGAUACAUCAAGGAAGAGAGGUAGACAGCCCAAAGCAAAAGUGGCAGCAGAGAGUCAAGGAAAUCUGAGACAGAACAACCCAAGGAAUGAACCCAAACGGAGGGGCAGGCCACCCAAGAAGAAUAAAACAUUGAGUCUGAACCCCACCAAGGACGGAACCUCAAACAAAAGGUCAUCUGAUGAAAACAGUGAACCCAAACGGAGGGGCAGGCCACCCAAGAAGAAUAAAACGUUGAGUCUGAACCCCACCAAGGACGGAACCUCAAACAAAAGGUCACCUGAUGAAAACAAAGAACCCAAACGGAGAGGCAGGCCACCCAAGAAGAAUAAAACAUUGAGUGUGAACCCCACCAAGGACGGAACCUCAAACAAAAGAUCAUCUGAUGAAAACAAAGAACCCAAACGGAGAGGCAGGCCACCCAAGAAGAAUAAAACGUUGAGUCUGAACCCCACCAAGGGCAAAACCUCAAACAAAAGGUCAUCUGAUGAAAACAAUGUGCCACAAAAGAGAGGCAGACCAUUCAAACAGAAAGCAACAGGGACUCUUAAGAUCCACACUCAAGACUGUAGUGUAGUGCUGAGAAGACUUGGUGGGGGCAGGGAGGGCAUCCAGUCUGUAAAUAAAACAAAUGAAACCAGGACACUGUGCAGUAUUAGAGGUGCAGAAGAGGAGGAGCAAAGACCUCAAGAGAGCAUUAAUGGUAUUGUGAAGUUGGUGAAGGAGGCAGUGGGAGGGACUGCUGGUAUUCUGCAUAGGGUUGAAUAUGGGAAGUAUAUAAUCUGCCUCCUUGACACCAUGGACACGAUGCUUAUCAUGGUAAAUCAAAACUCGCCCAGUGAAAGUAGUUCUGGCAAAGAAACAGAAGCAACUACAGGAAAGACUUCCAAAAAAGAGAAGAAAAAAGCCCAAGGAAGAAAACAGAGUACAAGAACUCAUACUGGCAGGAACAUGGAAGCAAACACACAAGUAGAACAAACUGUCAACAAAAUUACUAACAUAGAGAAAAGAAAAAAGGUAGAUCAAACAGCUAAAAAAACUAACAACAAAGAAAAAGAGAAAAAAAACAUAGAAAAACAGCAGACAGUGGAUAAGAAAGCAAGGAGUAGCACAAGAACUGAAUCCUCACUCCAUCAUAAGGCGAUGCAACAGUCUGAGUCAACUGUUGAACAUCCUACAGUGAAAAAGAGGGGACAGAAUAACAGACGAAAAAGGGAGCACAUCUCAAAUGCAGUCAAGUCACUGAAGAGACAAAGGAAUGAGUCAAGCGUGCCCGCUAAGGCUUCUGUUGCAACACACCUGGCUAUAGAUGCCAUGUUGUCACCUGGGCAGAAUAGCGGCAUUGUUCCCAGCAGUGAAGGCAAUGUGCAGAAGAGAUUACAUGUUGAUCCAGAUGCACGAACAGAUAAAGUUACAGGUCAGUUUAUGCAGCAUGAACCUAACACCGGUGAAUCACCAAAUCAGCCAAAAAAAGCACGUGACCUAGAAGUCUCUGACAGAAGUCUUUCUUCUGAUGGGUCAGAGUCAGAGUCACAGUAUGAAGACAGAUGGCUUACUGAUAGUGAUGAAGAUGACAUGAUUUCAGAAUUUAAUGCAACCCAGAAAAAGAAGAGCUUCCUCCAUCGGACACGAGAAAGGCUGAAAAGGAGGAAUUACAGACCAAAGCACAGAGAGUCAGUGAGCAAAGUUAUAUUCGAUUGUGACGAUGACAUCCUUAUUAUGGAACCGCCCAAGCCUGUGCCCAUGUCAGAAGACAAGAAAGACAACACAAAUUCUGAAAACAGCCAGAGCACAAAGGGGGUGCAGGGUAGACCCAUCAUUAGGAGAGCUGCAGGUGGACACCAGCGAACCCUGACCACUAGCAGCUCCUACAUCCAAGGCCUCAUCAGUAACUCCAUCAUGAAGAAUGUUCCAGAGAGGAUGACUUCGGCCUCAACCAGGGUACCAGUGGACGGUCAAACGGAGGAGGAACCUGACCCUGAGGACAUGUGGGAUCUCCUGCCAGCCCUCCCCCAGCGGUCCUCCAGCUCCCCUGCCGCAAGGGCUGCCAAGACCAGCCUGCAAGAAUCUGGCAUAACGGAGACUGCAGCCACUGCUCCAGAGAGGCCAGCAACUGUCACCAGCACCAACAUUAGUGGUGCAGUCAUCACAUCAAAGGCCUCCAAGUUAAAGAGGAGCUUCUGGACAAUCGACAGCAAUGAGGAGAAAGAGGAUAAAGACACAGAAGAGACAGAAUCACUCUUCAUGCCCACACUCCCCGUGGCCUCACAGCUGGUCCAAGACAGCACUGUGCUUCCCAACUACAGCUCCCUUGGCCCUGAGCAUUGGAUGUCAAUAGCUAGAGCUAUGGGGAAGCAAAAAAAGAACUACAUCCUGAGACCACUUUUUAGUGGUCAGUGGCUGCCACAAAAUAAUGUUCAAAAUAGAACACGCACAUCUCUAUGGGUGCAUGCACACAGGCCAUUUUUUUGUGGUCACCACCAAUCAGUGGCGAGUUGUGACGGGCGGAGCCAUUUUUCCGGCCACUCCACUGUGGCCGGCCACAGUGGCCAGCGAUAGAU